UCGGGCGACCCUCCCCCGCGGCGAUGAGCGCCCGGCCGUGACCCCCGCGGGGGACGGGCUGGGGUCCAUGCUCGCAGCCUGCUCUCCGCCCGGCGCCUGCCUCUGACGGCGCUGGGGCUGGGGGCGGGCGCCCAGCCUCCUGCCCACCCCCUGGCGGCCGCAGCCCGGCCGUCCGGGGGCUGCCCCUGCCUGCGCCCCCCUGGCCGGCCAGGCUCUGGAAGGACCCCGCCGCUGCCGCCGGCGUCAGCCCAUGGCCCGGAGGUACGAUGAGCUGCCCCACUACCCAGGCAUCGUGGACGGCACCGCAGCCCUGGCCGGCUUCUCGGAGGCAGUGGCCUCAACACCGAGAGCGCCUGGGCCCUACGGCCCACAGCGGCCUCCCCAGCCCCUGCCCCCAGCCCUGGACAGUGACAGCCUGAAGAGGGAGAAGGAUGAGAUCUACGGACACCCGCUCUUCCCCCUCCUGGCGCUGGUCUUUGAGAAAUGCGAACUGGCCACAUGCUCCCCUCGAGAUGGGGCCGGGGCUGGGCUGGGCACGCCCCUGGGCAGCGACGUCUGCUCCUCCGAUUCCUUCAACGAGGACAUCGCUGCCUUUGCCAAGCAGGUCCGCUCUGAGAGGCCCCUCUUCUCCUCCAACCCAGAGCUGGACAAUCUGAUGAUCCAGGCCAUCCAGGUGCUCCGGUUCCACCUGCUCGAGCUAGAGAAGGUCCACGACCUGUGCGACAACUUCUGUCACCGCUACAUCACCUGCCUCAAGGGAAAGAUGCCCAUCGACCUGGUCAUUGAGGAUCGGGAUGGCGGCUACAGGGAGGAUCUCGAGGACUACCCGGCCUCCUGCCCCAGCCUCCCGGACCAGAAUAAUACGUGGAUUAGAGACCAUGAGGAUAGUGGGUCUGUACAUUUGGGGACCCCAGGUCCAUCCAGCGGCGGCCUGGCCUCCCAGAGCGGAGACAACUCCAGUGACCAAGGAGACGGGCUGGACACAAGUGUGGCCUCUCCCAGUUCUGGGGGAGAGGACGAGGAGUUGGACCAGGAGCGGCGGCGGAACAAGAAAAGAGGGAUUUUCCCCAAGGUGGCCACCAACAUCAUGAGAGCCUGGUUGUUCCAGCAUCUCUCGCACCCGUACCCCUCGGAGGAGCAGAAGAAACAGCUGGCGCAGGACACGGGGCUCACCAUCCUGCAAGUCAACAACUGGUUCAUCAACGCCCGGAGACGCAUCGUGCAGCCGAUGAUCGACCAGUCCAACCGCACAGGGCAGGGUGCCGCCUUCGGCCCGGAGGGCCAGCCCCUGGCGGGGUACGCCGAGUCGCAGCCGCACGUGACAGUGCGGCCGCCGGGCCCCGCCCACCACAUUGGGAACCGCCGCUGUUUAUUAAAGGGCUAG